UCGUGUGUUUACGUGGAGAAACAUGGCGGCGACGGUGACAGCAAAUCCCGAAUAAAACACUGAGGAAACCCCACAGAUUUACCGUCCGAGUCGAGGCGGGUGCAUAUGUCAGUGCUCCGCGUUUAGUGCGAGGCUUGUAUGCGUGCGCGUGGUGCUUGUAUGACGCCCGUGUGUCCGUGUUUAAACUGCAGGGACCGCGGUGAUGAUGGAAGACGAGGAGCGACAGAAGAAACUACAGGCCGGCAAAGCCAAGCUGGCCGAGUACCGGCAGAGGAAAGCUCAGUCCGAUGGCCAGAAGAAGCAGAAGAAGAAGAAGAAGAAGACGCUGGAAUCAGACGCGGAGGAGCUGAGAGCAGACAGCGUCUCACACGAGCAGACCGACACCAUCGAGCCCGAGAGUGAGGUCUCAACGACAGCCGAAGACUGUUCAUCUGAGGUAAAUGGUUUCCACGAGAGGACAGAGAGUGGUUUGACGUCGUCUGUGAUCGGGGAGGAAGAUCUGCAGCGAUCCGAAGUACGCGUGGAGCCUGAUCUACAGAGCAGUCAUCCUCAGAGCCGUAUUCAGAUCAUGGAGGACGAGUUAGCCUCCAAAAACAUGGCCAUGGAGGAGCUGAGCCGCGAUCUCGAGGAGAUCAGGGCCGUGUUUGGAGCUGAUGGAGUGCAGCAGCUGCAGGACUUCGAGGAAGCGCUGAAACAGAGGGAUGAAAUCAUCACACAGCUCACCUCCAAUCUGCAGCAGGCACGGACCGAGAAGGAGGAAGUGAUAAGGGAGUUUCUGGAGCUGACGGAGAAAAGCCAGAAACUCCAGAUUCAGUUCCAACAGCUGCAGGCCGGUGAGAUACUGCGUAGCUCCAACAUCAGCUCCACCGCCGCAGAUCUCCUCCAGGCCCGUCAACAGAUCACGCUGUACCAGCAACAGCUGGACGAGAGGGACGCACAGGUCAGAGGUCACCAGGAGAAGACGCAGGAGCAGCUGUUAUUGAUCGCGCAGCUUCAGGAGAGUCUGAGUGAAGCAGAGAGGGUCCGCACACAAACUGAAGAGUCGUUUUCACAGAGUUUACGCGAGAAGGAUCUACUGAACACUGAACAUCAGCGUCUGAUAACACAGCUUAACAAUCAGCUUCUGUCUUCCAAACAACAAGUGGAGGAAGUCAACAAACAUCUGUCAGCGAAAACCCAAGAACUAGACGCCUGUGAAAAAGAGCUGUCCGCGUCCAGACAGAAAGAGCGCAUGUCGUCCGGAGAAAUCCUGCAGCUGAUGAAGAGCGUGGAGGAGCUCCAGCAGCGCUGCCAAUCAGAGAGACUCGAGGACGACUGGAGACGCCGGAUGGAGACGCUGAGAGACGAACUGGACGAGAUGUACGGUCAGCAGAUCGUGGAGAUGAAGCGGGAGCUUCGCACGCAACACACGACAGAGCUGGAGCGAGUCCAAGCGCAGCACUGCUCAGAAACGGAGAAGAUGGUCCAGCAGCAUCAGUCAGAGCUGGAGAGGUGUAAAGCUCAGCUGUUCCAGAGCGCCGGAGACGCCAACGUGCUAAACGUGAAGCUCGUCGAGCUCCAGCAGAAGCUACAGGAGACGCUAGUGUUGCGAGAAAAGGCAGAGCAAGAGCUAGCGCAGACGAGAACAGAUAAACUCAGUCAGGCGCAGGAGUUGGAGCGUUUGCGCGACGAGCUGCAAAGAGCUGAAAUACAGAGCCCAGAGGAAAUACAACACGCUGUUAGCGACCUGCGGGUGCAGCUAGAUUUAGCGCACAAAGCCAACGGCGAACUAGAAGCCAAGCACGAAUCAGAAAUCACCAACUAUAAGAUCAAGCUAGAGAUGCUAGAGCGGGAGAAAGACGCGGUGCUAGACCGCAUGGCCGAGUCGCUGGAGUCCGAGCUGGAUCACUUGAGAACGCAGCUCUUGUUCAGCCACGAGGAGGAGCUCUCACGACUCCGAGACGACCUCACACGGGAAAACCAGCUCAACGCGGAGAACCUGCGCGACGAGAUGGACACGAGACACCGCGAGGCUCUGGACCAGCUGCGUUCGGUGGAGAGCGAGAGAGCGGCGCUAGCUUCAGAGAGACUCACGCUGCUCCAGGACAUCGCCCGCCUUUCCUCCGCCAACGAACAGAUGUGUGCGCGACUGAACGAGCUUCAGGACGAGAUCGAGAAGCAGAGAAACAUAUUCUCCUUCGCUGAGAAGAACUUCGAGGUGAACUACCAGGAGCUGAAGGACGAGUACACGUGUCUCGUGAACGCUAAGCUACAGCUCGAGCAGCGCUUGAUCAGAGAAGCCAUGCAAUACGAGACCAAACUACGUGAUCUGCAAACGAGACGCGAGGAGGUGGACGGGAAGACGCCGGAGAGCGAGAAGAAGAGCUCAGCCGAGCGUCUCUCGCUGAUUGAGACGGACACGAAACGUCUUGAACACGAGCUCAAGAGGACACUGAUUGGAAAGCACUCUUCAGAGCUGAUGGAGAAGCUGGAGGUGAGUGAGGAUGAGAAGAAGAGCUCAGCCGAGCGUCUCUGGCUGAUGGAAGCGGAGCUGGAGAUGCUGAAGAGAGACGGAGACUGCAGUGUUGCUGGUGGGCUGUGCUCCGCCGAGACGCAUCACACGCACAUCAGGUCUUUGUCGGAGGAACUGGAUGCUUUACAAAACGAGGAGCAGCCGCAGCCGCAGGAGGAGAGAGAGAGAGAGACGCCUGCGAGUUCUCCAGCGAGCACACACACACACACCCCCACACACACCGCAGCAGCAGCAGCGCAUGAGGAUCAGCUUGCAUCGCCCGACCGACUCCCGCAGCAGGUGGAGACGAGAGACACUCCGGCCGAUGGAGACGUCGUCAGAGCCUCGCUCAUGAAGCAGCCGCAGGAAAUGGAUGGCUCUGAGCAUGAUGAGUGUCGUCUGCAGCUGGAGGCUCAGCGCAUCAGUCUGUCUCAGAUCCACGCUGCUCAGCUGCAGAUGCUCAGAGAGAGUCUGUCAGCGCAGACGCAGACGCAGGACACACACGAGCAGCAGCAGGGAGCCACAGAGCUGAAGGCAGAGUUCGAGGAGUGUUCGGUGCGUCUGGAGGAGAGACAGCGGCAGGAGAUCGAGCUUCUGAAGAGCUACUAUCAGCAGCAGAUGGAGGAGAUGCAGGAGCGCUUCACAGCUGAGAUCCUCCUGCUGCAGAGCAGACUCCAGGAGCUCACAGGAGCCGGCCAGGUCUUCAGCAUGCCGAGCGUCUGUCCGCUGCAGACGAGAGACGAGCGCUGUGAUCGUCUUCAGGAGGAGGACGAGGAGCGAGUCUCUGUAGAUCUGGAGCAGGAUCUGCAGGCCGAGCGGAGAGCUUCGUCCAAGAGAGAGACACUGAGGGACACGUCUCCUCCGGAGGAAACCCAUCUCAGACGCUUGGAGGAGGAGAUCGCCAAGGUGAUUGUGCAGAUGUCGGUUGAGUUCGCCCAGCAGACAGAAGAGGCUCGGAUCAGCAGACAGAGCCGAGAGACGAGCAUCUGCACACAGACGGACACCAGCGAGGAUGAGGAGGAUCGACUGAUGAAGAGGGAUCUGGAGAAGGAGAGAGAAGACGAGACUGAGAGAUGCAGAGAUGAACUCCGCCUUCCCAGAAUGCAAAGCUGCGGCACUCAGACCCAGCAGCUCCAGACGAGAGCGGAGGAUGAGACGAAGGUCAGAGGUCAGGGAAGAGCCGUGACCUCACAGCCACACGCACAGGACCCAGAGCUCUCGUCUGAUGACAUCAUCACUGAGAGGGAUGUUCUGCGUCAGGCUCUGCUCGAUGUGCUGAAGACCACGGCUGCGGCGGAGGAGACCAUCGGCCGUCAUGUGUCCUACGGGCCUGCUGGAGCAGAGAGAGAGAUGGACGACGGGCUGGAGGUGUCGCUGAAGUUCAAGGAGGCGGAGCUACAGCUACAGGAGGCGGAGCUCUUGCUGGAGAGGGAGGAGUUUGUGAUGAGCAUCAGCGAUCGUCUGCAGAGCGCCGUGGAGAAGAUGCUCAUCACCAUCACUGAGACCAGCACUCAGCUGGAGCAUGCACAGGUCACGCAGACGGAGCUGAUGAGAGAGAAGUUCAGACAGAACGAGGAGAUGGAGGAGCUACAGCGCAGACAGAACGAGCUCCAGGAGCGACUGUGUGAGGAGGAGAGAGCAAGAGAACAACUGACACUGGAGCUACACAGAGCUGAAGGUGUGAUUGACGGCUACACAGGUGAGCGUCUGGCGCUGGAGCAGCAGAUUCGUGAGCGAUCCGAGCUACAGCUGCGUCUGGAGCAGGAGCUGAUGAUGACCGCCAGCCGUCUGCGUGAACUGGAGCAGGAGCGUGUGCAGAUACAGGACGAGCGAGAGCUGAUGUCACGCCAGCACCACGCCAUGAGAGAGGGGGCGGGGCCUCGAGAGCUGCGACUAGUUGAGGCUGCUCUUGACACAGCACCUGAAGCAGAUCUGCUGGAGGAGACGGAGAAGCUGAUGGCGGAGAAGGUGGAGGUGCAGCGUCAGGCGCAGAAGGAGAGCGGCGAGCUGCUGCAGCAGGUGAAGCAGCUGGAGGUGGAGCUGGAGGAGCAGGUGAGUCGUCUUCAGGAGCUGCAGGAGACACACAGCACAGAGACGACUGACCUGAGGCAGCAGAUACAGGCUUUAGAGAAGCAGCUGGAGAACAACCGCAAGUUCAUGGACGAGCAGGCCGUGGACCGCGAGCACGAGCGAGACGUCUUUCAGCAGGAGAUUCACAACCUGGAGCAGCAGCUGAAGAAUCCCAACAAAACACCGACAGGAAGUGACCGGCGGGACAGAGAGGUGCAGGAGCUGAGCGCGGCGCUGCAGGAGAAGGCAGACUGGUGCAGUGAGCUGCUGUUGAGCUCCGAGCAGCUUCAGAGAGAUGUGUGUGAGAGAGACGAGGAGAUCGAGACGCUGGGAGCACGUCUGAGGGAGCUGGAACACACACUCAUCCACAGGGUGGAGGAGGUCCAGCAUGUGUCUAUGGCGAGCAGAGCAGACGUCACACUGGAAGCACAGCUGCAGACAGAGAGAGAGGCUCUGGACAGGAAGGAGAAGGAGAUCGUGAAUCUGGAGGAGCAGCUGGAGCAGUUUCGUGAGGAGCUGGAGAACAAGAGCGAGGAGGUGAAUCAGCUUCACAUGCAGCUGGAGAUCCAGAGGAAGGAGAUCAGCGUCCAUCAGCAGGAUCUGCAGGAUCAGGCCCGGCUCGCUCAGGUCUUGGAGGAGAAGGACAGGCAGAUAGCCGUCCUAAACGAGCAGCUCGCUAAGCGUCAGCACACGGGAACAGACCCUAAGACCGAGGCGGUGGAGGAGAAGGACGAGCUUCUGCGAGAGAUGGAGGCGCAGGUGGAGUGUCUGCGGAGCGAGCAGGAGCGUCUGAAGAGGAACAGCGAGGAGGAGGUGGAGCAGCUCAACGCCGUCAUCGAGAAGCUGCAGCAGGAGCUGACACACAUCGAGCUCAAGCAGCGUCAGGACGAGAGCGACGAGAUGAAGCAGAGGAUGGACGAGGUGACCACAGAGCUGGACACGCUGAAGAACCGAAACCAGCGUCUGGAGGAGGCUCUGCAGGAGAAGACCGCUGCGUGUGUGGUGCUCCAGGCUCAGGUGCAGGCGCUGGAGGAGAGCGCAGGGUCAAAGGUCACCAGCUUGAGUCGCCGCGUGGAGGAGAAGGACUCGGAGCUCAGCGCCUGCAGGUUGAAGGUGGAACAAGCACAAACAGACGCCGAUGCUCUUUACGCUAAAGUGGCUCAGCUGGAGGAGAAACUCAGGGAGAAGGUGGCCGCCGUUCUGGUCAGCCAAGCACAACUGGAAGCCGUCCAGAUGCAAACCAAAGAGCUCCGCGCAGAAGAAGCCAUGGGCCCCAGCACGCAGCUGCAGUCAGAGGGCCCCAGCACGCAGCUGCAGUCAGAGGGCCCCAGCACGCAGCUGCAGUCAGAGGGCCCCACCACCCAGCUGCAGUCGGAGGGCCCCAGCACGCAGCUGCAGUCGGAGGGCCUCACGGCGCAGGCAGCCUCCGUGGGGAAGACGAGUCUGCUGGUGGAGAAGCUGAAGGAGCUGGAGGAGGGUCUGAGCGGGAUGCAGAAGGACCAGGAGCUGCAGAAACAGCUGUUGAGUAGCUCUGAGGAUGAGGUGAUGGAGUACGAGAGGAGGUUAGCCUUGAUGAUCGACCUACUGAACCAAAUGAGAACCAAACCAACCCAUCACAAACUCGCUGAGGGGUCAGCUGAAGGCGGUCAGUCGCUGUCCGAGCUGCUGGAAGAGGUCAAAGGUCAAGCUGCGUCCACUAAAGAGGAGCUGAACUGCUACAGAGAACUGAGUCACAAGCUUCAGGAGGAGAUCGAGAUGAAGGAGAGCAGGAUCUCACAGCUCCAGGCAGACGAUGAGACCGCAGCAGGUCAUGGCACACAUCACACGCGUGAAGAACACACGGCUGACACGGCUGAACUCCUCCAGGAGCUGCAGGAGGUCAAAGGUCAAGUGAGCAGCACACAGCAGGAGCUGGAGAGCUGCAGGGCUCAGAGCGUCACACUGCAGGAGCUGCUGCAGGAGAGAGAGAUGAGCAUCGCUCUGCUGAAGGAUCAGCUGCACAGGGCCUCACAGGAGGGCGAUCAGUCCCCAGCGGAGCUGCUGCAGGAGCUGCAGGAGGUCAAAGGUGAAGCGGCCGCCACCAAAGAGCAGCUGAACAGCGUCCAGGAGCGCAGCCUCAAACUGCAGGAGGACAUCGAGGUCAGAGACGCGUCCAUCGCUGAGCUGAAGCACAGACUUCAGGAGCUCCAGACUGCUUUGGCCAAAUCCAGCGAGCAGCUGCUGCAGUCGACCCAGCCUGAAAAGAAAGGAGACGACAGAGAGCAUCAUGGGAUGGACGGAGGCACCCGAGCGGAUGUGUGUGUGCAGACGGAUCCGUCCGGAGAAGAGGAGCUGGAGGAGAUGAUGCUGGGAUACGAGGAGAAGAUCGCACAGAUGCAGGAGCUGCACGCGGCUGAGAUCCUGGACAUGGAGUCCAGACACAUCUGUGAGAGCGAGAGCCUGAAGACCGAGAGCCAGCGUCUGAGAGACGAGCUCAGGACCCUCCAGGGUCCGGCUGUGAGGUCUGAGCGCGCUCUGUUUAGAGACGGAUACAGCAGUGACAGCGGUUCAGACUGGACUCGGCGUGUGGGUCAGGAUGUUCCUCCGCUGCAGGAGUGUCGCAGCUCACCUGAAGGAGCGCACAGAGACGUGGAGCCGGACGUCCUGCCAGACAGAGUCAAGAGUCUGCUGCGUGAGGUGCAUCAGGAGGGCAUGCAGGUGCUGUCUCUGACCGAAGCUGACCGACCUCCUCAGAGCAGAGAGACAGACGCCCUCAUCAACACCAUCCAGUCUCUACAGCUCCUCACCGGCACACUGCAGACGGAGACACAGGUGGAUGAGGACUGGCGAGCAGAGCUUCUGUGUGCCGUCCAGCAGGUGUUUGUUCAGGAGCGAGACGUGCUGAAGAGCCUCUCUCACUCUCCUCUGGAGCGUCUGGACAUGGCUGAUGCGGUCCUCCAUCAGGACACCAGACACAGAGAGCUCAUGGAGACGCUGUACACCGCAGACAGAAGCAGCCUGCGCUCAGAGAUCCAGCAGCUCAGAGCUCAGCUCACACAGCGCCACCACCAGGACACCGCCGGACUGGAGAGAGAGAGCGCUGCUGCGGUCACAUGUGCCUCUGAUCGACUGGAGGAAGUGAAGACCGAACUGAACCAAACUAAACUAGAGCUAGAGAGCGCUCUGAACACACAACACACACACCUGGAAGAGCUCCACGCACUCAGGGCGGAGGUCUCUCUGAAGACGUCUGAAGUCCACACACUGACCGACACACUCGCCCUCGAGCAGAAGAGAGCCAGAGAGAUGCAGUGGGCCUUUGAGAAGGAGAAACACAAGACUGACAGGAAGCAGGAGAGCGACAGAGAGGAAGUGGAGGAGCUGAAGCUGGUUCUGGAGGAGCAGCGGGGUCGUGUGGAGGAGCUGUCCAGGUCUCUGGAGACGGAGGUCAGCGUCUCCUCCGAGCUGCAGGUUCAGUUAGAGGCUCAGAGAGCUCGAUCGGUGGAGCUCAGCAGCACUCUGGAGAAACAGAAGGAGCUGAACGCACAGCUGCUCCAGCGCUUCCAGACGAGCUCCACGUCUGAGACACACGACACCCUCGAGCAGACGGAGGACACCUGCAGCCAGGUGGAGGCCGGCGUCCUCUCCGUGGAGUCUCUCCUGCAGACGCUGCAGACGCAGCUGGCCGAGAAGCAGACGCAGGUGGAGCAGAUGAUAAAGGAGAUGGAGAGACAGAAGCUGGAGGCGGUGCAGUGCAAACGACAGUGGGACGAGGAGAAAUCCAGCCUCACCCGUGUCGCUGCGCAGGACCAGAAUGCAUUGCAGGCCGCACACAACAGCCUGAGCAGCCUGGAGAGACGGGCGUCCGAGCUGCGGGUGGAGCUGGAUGCAGAGAGAGAGAGUGUGAGGAGGCUGGAGACAGACCGAGACAGACUGCAGGAGACUGUGAGACAGCUGGAGGACAACCAGAGCGUGAGAUCAGACGCCCGGCCGCAGGAUCAAACCCGUGACUGCGUGUUGCAGACGGGAGAUGCUCUGAGCUCAGAUCCUAAACACAGGGACAACAUCCUCAGCAGACUGCAGCUCAUCGUCAGCAAGAUCAACAGCCUGACCAGUGAAACCCCGAGCAGGUUAUCUGGGGAAGCGCCGGAUCGGGACAGUCUAGCAUGGCUGCACAGUAAUGUACAGGAUGUGUUGUCACUGUUACAGCAUAUCCCAUCAGCCCCCUCUGCUCUCCCCGAGAGCGCCGCUCUGCUGGCUGGAGGAUCAUUCAGUCUGAACGAGCGUUUGCUGAGACAGAACGCAGAGCUCACGGGAUUCGUCAGCAGACUGACGGAAGAGAAGAACGACCUGCGAAACCAGUUACUGAAGCUGGAGGAGGAGCUGCGCAGAUACAGAGCGAAGAAAACCAGCGUCGAGAGCGUGUCGAGCCGGGCUGUGGCGGAGCGUCAGGAGCUGAUGUUAUUCUCUAGCGAGCGAGAGUCUUGGGCUCAGGACAGGAAUCGUUUGGAGAAGUCUCUCCGUCAGGCCGAGGCAGAACUGACCCGUCUGAGAGGAGAGAUUCGCUCUGAUGCGCUGCGAGAUCUGACUGGAGCUGAUCUGGACAACACGGCUCUCAGGAGGAUGUAUGGGAAAUACCUGCGCUCCGAGAGCUUCCGGAAGGCCCUGAUCUAUCAGAAGAAGUAUCUUCUGCUGCUGCUGGGAGGAUUCCAGGAGUGUGAGGAGGCCACGCUGUCUCUGAUCGCCCGCAUGAGCAGCUUCCCUGAACACGGUCUGGAGUCUGUGGGGCUUCAGCGCAGGGGUCUCACACGCUUCAGAUCAGCCGUGCGUGUCUCUAUCGCCCUCUCCAGGAUGAGGUUUCUGGUGAAGCGAUGGCAGAGAGCAGCUGGAGGAACGACGCUCAGCAGAAACGGCAUCUCUCAGAUCACAGGUGCUGAUGUGAGGAACGAGUCGUCGUAUCUUCACCCCGGCGGUGCGGACGUGUUCAGAGAGAGACGAGCGUCCAGCCGAGGACGCACAGGACGAGACUCUCCUCGCUCCGCAGCAUUGCUCCAGCACAGGUUUCACACGAUGGCCGGUGAUGCCGGAGGUUUACCGUGUUCACACCUGCAGAACUACGACCCGGACCGCGCUCUCACGGACUACAUCUCCCGUCUGGAGGCUCUUCAGAGACGUCUGGGGAGUGUGACCACAGGUUCCUCUUCGUACGCUCAAAUGCACUUUGGAGUCAGAAGAUGAAGGUCUACAUUUACAUUGAUACUGGCUUGAAGAAUCUCAGAUGCCUUCUCUUGUGCUGAGCUGCUGUGCUUUUGUCUUCUGAUGAUAAACCUGUACAAUUCUGUGGGACCAAAACCAUGUUUGUUUUCUGUCUUUUGUGUGUGUGUGUGUGUGUGUGUGUGUGUGUGUGAAUCAUCUUAUAAUCAAGCUUUCGUUGGCAGCACUUGAAACGGCUUCAACGUCUGUACAUUAUUUCUACUUCAUUUGUUGUAAAACAAUCACGUUACUAUAUAUUUGUGGAAUGCUAAUUUAAGUUGAUUAAUUUAAUGGAGACGUGUUGAGAGAGUUUGGACCAGGACGGCUGCUAUCGGACGACACGAGCGAGGCUGUACUCGUCACAAACACUAACGAAGCUCGUUAAGGCUUUGUUCGGGCUGUAACGUGUCGCUGUUAUCAGAUACUCUACACUGUGUUUAAUUCGCUCGCUCCCGUGAAAAGAAUUUGUAGAAGACAUAUUUUUGUAAAGGUUGGAGCUUCUGGGUAUUUUGUCAAAACUCAAAUAAAGAUUAAUAUAAUAUUUAAAAACUG